AUGGUAGUGGAACCGCCCCCGAGCCUACUUCCUUCGAAUACGCAGACUGAAGAAUUACAGACCUCCCUUCUUGAGAUUACUUUCGAAGCGCCUUACCGCGUGCCGACUCGGCUGAAUUUUGCCAAUCUUGAAAAGCUAUUUGCGGCUAGGACCGCCGCUGCGGAGGACCACGUAUGGACGAUGCGCAAGGAUCCCAAUUACUUUGCCGAACAGGUCAGUGACAUGUACGAUCAUGUGCAACUCAUCGGCGAUACAAGAGAGUAUAAAGACAAAUGGGGAGCAGGCAUUGGUCAGGUUCUGGCUAAUGCAUACACAAUGAUUGAGGUGUUCACUGAAGCUCAUCGAAUUACCAAACGCCUGUGUGAACUGCAAAAGAAUUAUGCGAGCGUCAUAAACCCUACCGAGAAACUGCCCGACGAAUACAAUGACCAGAUUCGCCAUUUUCUUUCUUUCCCCCUUACUAUGAGAGAGGCUGUGUUUCUGCCAAAGCUUGAGCUCUUGAUCAAGCGUUCGCCCCUGUUCCGAGCCGCUAUUAUCCUUUGGCGCUUUCAUUCCGAGGACAGGGAUAGGCCUAUGACAUAUAAUGAGCAAUUUUUGCUCAUGCACGUGCUCCGGCAUCUAUAUGAUUCGAGGGGCCUGCUUGAUGACGACCAGGACGUGGUUCCUGAUAUCUUUACAAUGAAUAUGGUCAUGAAUGAUCUAGAACUUCAGACGGAAAGGGACAAGACAAUUCGCGACUUACUGUCACCAACUGCCCGUGUCAUGAUGGGUGACUUAACUAUAAUCAUCCAGGCUUUGCAUGCGCUGGAGCGGUUUGAGCCGUGGAAUCGAGGUUUCAGUGCCGAGGUUGACGAUGAUUCUAUGGAUUGGUCGACAGAGGUUAUCGAAGCCAGGCUUGGCAUUUUGCGACAAAUCCACGAAGCUCUUGAAAGUACUUCCUCGCCUGAUCUUCUCCCAUUUGUCGAAAAUAAGCUGGUGAAGUUUACAUAUCCGGAGCACCGACGCAGGAAUAAGGAGAACGUUGAGAUGAUGCGGCGAGCAGAGUCGAAUCUAAAUUCUUUCUGGGCCAGAGCAGACCGGUAUCUCUACGAGCGGACAAAGAACAUGAACGAAAGUAUCCUCAUGGGUCUCCUCAAAAGUCCCCGUGUUUUGCAGCGGACACCCGAAUGGGUUGAGCCCACGAAAGAGAAGAAGAAAGUCCUCGACAUUGAGCAACCCUUGUCGACCUUUUUCUUUGGCACCAGUGACGAUCGAGACACUAAGGCAUCAUAA